AUGGCUAGUCAAGUCGGAUACAUUAGAAAAAAAUUCUUAAUACUCACAAUUUUUCGUUCAAUUAAUUAUGGGUAAUGUUUUCCGGAAUGGUAUUAUAUCUCUUCUUGUUGUUCUGCUUCUGUUCUGUAGCUCAGGAGCAGAGGUUGUUACAGUAGAUGUUCAUGCAGCUCGUCAACUCAUCCGAUCUGGACACCGUUAUCUUGAUGUUAGGACAGAAGAAGAAUUCAAGAAAGGGCAUGUAGAGAACUCUUUGAAUAUUCCCUAUAUGUUAAAUGCUCCCCAAGGUAUGGUGAAGAAUCCAAAAUUUAUGGAGCAGGUAUCUUCAGCAUGUGACAAGGAAGAAAAGCUAAUUGUGGGAUGUAAAAGUGGUGUGAGGUCCCUGUAUGCAACUACUGAUCUUCUUACUGCUGAAUUCAAGCAUGCCAGCAACAUGGGAGGGGGGUAUCAAGCUUGGGUGGAGAAUGGAUUUGCUGUGAACAAAUCACAAGAUGAGCUUUGAUCACCUUAAUCUUAGUCUUCAAAUAAUCAAUUUCUUAAUCAACCACGAAAGAAUAAAUUGUUCAUUAGAAUGUAUUUUCUGUAUUUCUCGCUCAAUUUUAGGACUAUGGGACUUUUAUCUUUUCCCUUUGUACAAACAUCGAGGUUUAAAUUUGUUACUCUCUCCGUUCUAUAUUAAAUGAAUUUUUGAGAGAUUUUUUAA